ACUCGCCCCACCUUGCAGAGUUGCGUCACAUCCUUCAAACAGGUGAACUCAUUUGCAUCCGGAGCUGCUUUGUGUUAUAAUGUCGCUUACAGUGUAAACUCUAACCAGACAGAGACGGAGCAGAGAAACAAGGAGACAGUAUCAAUUGUCAAGGAUGCACAUCUCUUGAGUGAGAAUUCUGUCGCGAACAUUUUGUAAACAAUCACAAGAGUGGAUUGGGGAUGUGCAGAGUGAAUGGAAACUGACAGGAAUCCUUGAUUCUGCUGCAGAAUAAAAGCUAUAAACUCCAUUCAUCUCCCUUCGAGAGCAGAUCCUGCCCACCGUGUGCUCAAGUCUAAUGAGCCUCCAGUGUAAUUUCAGCACCUCGAAUCGAUGUAAUGCGAAUGGUGUAAACAAUGGGGUUAUCAUCAUCCCAGUGAUCCUUGGCUUCUCGUCUGUAGUUCUGAUCAUUAUUGUCAUCUGGAAGACGUGCAAGAUGAAGAAAGAAAAGGAGCGUGCUCCAGUCAUACUGCUGCAAGAUAAACCCAAUCCUGCAAAACGGUUGGAGAAUGAAUACGAAUCGAUGACCAAUGCAACAGAACGGAUUCUGGCAGCCAGGGAUCCCUCUUUCAAUCGAUGGGAGAUCCCACCGGAAAAUCUGACUGGGAAUUUGGAAUAUAUGCAGAGUGGAACUUAUGGACCAAUAUACAAGGCUAAUAUCCUCUCCACAGAUGGGUCUGGAGAAGUGAAAGCUGUAUUCAAAUCUCUCCAUGACAAUGCAAAUGCAAAGGAGAUUUUGGAAUACUUGGACUUUGUGAAGUUCCACAUGAAAGUUUGUAACCAUGAUUCCAUUGUGAAACUGUUGGGCUGCAGGACAGAAAAACUACCCCUCUACAUCUUUCUGGAGUAUGUGAGCGGGGGCUGCCUAUUGCAUUCAUUGUGGCAAUUACGUGAGACUGCAGCUGAAUCUGGGGAAGUAGUGCUGAAUCUUACAGAGAAAAGUAUGUACAGCAUUGCAAAGCAAGUAGCGUGUGGAUUGGAUUAUCUGACCACAAAGCAUAAAGUAAUCCAUGGGGAUAUUGCUGCCCGGAAUAUUUUGAUCCAUGAAGAUUUAACUGUUAAACUCGCUGGUCUGAGCCUGGCCUUUGAUGUUUACAAAACUGGAACGUUGUCAUCCCACAGAGCAGCACAGGUUCCAAUUAAAUGGCUUGCACCCGAAAGGGUCAUAAAGCGACCCAUCACAGAAAAAAGUGACACGUGGUCAUUUGGGAUCUUUCUGUAUGAAGUCGUUACUUUAGGAGCUCCUCCAUAUCCUGAGUUUCAGCCACUGGAAAUCUUCCCAAAGCUGCAAAGAAAUUACAGAAUGCCCAAACCGUCCAACAGUAGCAAUGCACUAUAUGACUUGAUGAAACAGUGCUGGCAGUGGAAACCGUAUGAAAGGCCAAACUGGUCUGAUUUGACUAACAAACUGGAGGCCUUGAUGAGCAAUGCUGAUGAAAUGAAGUUGCUGCAAGUAGCUGAUGAGCUGGACCUUAACCAGUACAAACAAGCUGCUGGGGUUUUCUGACUGAGGAAUGAGGCUAUGGGUAAAUUGUCAACAGAUGUGUGAAAGCAAGUGCUGGAUUGAAGGCCAUAAUGAACAAUAAGCUGAAUAGCAGAAUUCUUGCCUCGCUGGAGAAAAUGGGAAUUGCUAACUUGGUGAAAGCUUUGAAUACACUUUGACUGAAUGCUAUUUUAUACGAUCGAAGACUUUGAGGUACUAUCAGCUGAGGGAACUAAGCAACAGCAAGUUGCUGUGCUCUCCAGGGAAUUCUUGUGACAGCUGAGUCUUCAGUUUACUAUGGAACCUGUUCACUUCCAAAAGCAGCAUGAAUGCUCUUUGAUGUUUGGCAAUAGCAGAGAAUGGAAUGUUCUAGAAGACGACAUGAGUGUUGCAGUCAGGGCAGUGUACCAAUUACCCGAGACUAAGAAUAGUUCAGGAUGGAACCAAUAAAAGCUGUCUGUAAGUUCUAAAGUAAUGAUCAGCAAUGGGCAGAGUCCAUAGCUAAAGGUCCAUUAAUGCAAAGGUUUGUUUUAAACUAUUGCCUGUACUUGUCAAUCUUACUGCUCACAAUAGCAUACAUUCUCUAAACAACUUCAAACUGAGGGAGGGGAAUGGUUUCCUUCUGACUUCUCCCACCUGAUUUGUGACUUUCGACAAAUCCGCCACUGAACGAUGUGAUGCUGUGAAAAUUCUCCCUGUAUUUUUAAUAAGUAAUAAGGCACACUGGGGGCAAUUUGUGGGGACUUUGGGAAGGGACAAUUACAAAUGAGGGGAGAGUCUAGUGGUUUUGUAUUAUUAUCCUGGUGCGUUUUUCUGAAUCUAUGGGAACU